CUUUUGUCAUGAUGGCCAGCUACCCCGAGCCCGAGGACGCCGCGGGGGCCCUGUUGGCCCCGGAGAACGGGCGCACAGUCAAAGAGCCCGAGGCGCCGCCGCCGAGUCCGAGCAAAGGCGGCGGGACAGCACCGGAGAAACCGGACCCCGCGCAGAAGCCCCCGUACUCGUACGUGGCGCUCAUCGCCAUGGCGAUCCGCGAGAGCGCCGAGAAGAGGCUCACCCUGUCGGGCAUCUACCAGUACAUAAUCGCCAAGUUCCCGUUCUACGAGAAGAACAAGAAGGGUUGGCAGAAUAGCAUCCGCCACAACCUCAGCCUCAACGAGUGCUUCAUCAAGGUGCCGCGCGAGGGCGGCGGCGAGCGCAAGGGCAACUACUGGACGCUCGACCCGGCUUGCGAGGACAUGUUCGAGAAGGGCAACUACCGGCGGCGCCGCCGCAUGAAGAGGCCCUUCCGGCCGCCGCCAGCGCACUUCCAGCCGGGAAAGGGACUCUUCGGGUCGGGAGGAGCGGCGGGUGGCUGCGGCGUAGCGGGAGCGGGGGCGGAUGGCUAUGGCUACCUGGCGCCGCCCAAGUACCUGCAAUCGGGUUUCCUCAACAACUCCUGGCCCCUGCCGCAGCCGCCCUCGCCCAUGCCCUACGCCUCCUGCCAGAUGGCUGCGGCCGCUGCAGCAGCUGCGGCAGCCGCUGCAGCAGCCGGCCCGGGCAGCCCCGGUGCAGCCGCACCCGCCAGUCCGGCCACCGCUGCACCCCCGGCCCCCGCGCCCACCAGCGCGCCGGGCCUGCAGUUCGCCUGCGCCCGGCAACCCGAGCUCGCCAUGAUGCAUUGCUCUUACUGGGACCACGACAGCAAGACGGGAGCGCUGCACUCGCGCCUGGAUCUCUGA